AGUAAUGAUGUGUUGGUUAAACUCCCAAAGGGAUUUAAUUGGUCAGUAUUGGAGUCAAGAUCGACAUUGAGCCACUGGAUUGCAUUGUGUCUGUUGAUGCUACUUCUAAAGAGGGGCAUGAUGGUGAGGAUGAAAUGCUUUUAAAUGUUGAGGUGAAUGAGUGUUCCCCUGUUAAUGAUUUGGCAACUCCAGCAAUCAAGUUGGAACUGAAGAUGUCAAAGAAAGUAGCUUUGGGGAGGAUACCUAGCACCGUGAAGGAGCUUUUGGCAACUGGUUUGCUUGAAGGCUAUUCUGUUUCUUGCAAGCGUGGUAAAACGGAGUUGCGAGGAAUAAUUAAGGGUGCUGGAAUUUUGUGUUUUUGUAGUACAUGCAAGGGUUCCAGAGUUGUUAAACCUGGUCAAUUUGAGGUCCAUGCUUGUAAAUCAAAAACCAGAUGUGCACCAUAUUAUAUACGCCUUGAGAAUGGGAAAAACCUGCUACAGGUGUUGAGGGCGUGCAGGAUGUCUCCUCUAGAUGUAUUGGAAGAGACAAUUCAGAGUACCAUUUGUCCAUUGCCUGAAAGUGAAUCUAUCAUUUGCCAAAAUUGCCAAGGGUCCUUCCUCCCAACAUUUGCUGAAAAGUUGGAGCAACUUUGCCCAUCAUGUGUUGGUUUAAAGAACUCAGAAGCUGGUAUCCCAACUCAUGCAACCAAUGCAAAUGCUAGGUUGUCAAAAGCAGUUUCAGCUCGAAAAUCACCCACAAUUGCUUCAGCGUGUAUCUCAUUGGAAAAUAAGAUACGGCCCACUGUUACAAAAAAGUCAUCAAAAGCCUUUUUGAUUCCGAAGUCUUUCAAAAAUGCUUCUCAAUGUGUCUCCUUGCAAAAGAGCAAAUGGAAGAUAACCAAAAAAGAUCAGCAAAUGCAUAAGCUGGUUUUUGAGCAUGGUGGAUUACCAGAUGGAACUGAAGUUGGUUAUUAUUCUCGUGGGCAGAAGUUGCUUGUGGGUUAUAAGAAAGGCAUGGGAAUAUUUUGUCUUUGCUGCAAUUCUGAGGUCAGCCCAUCACAAUUUGAAGCUCAUGCUGGUUGGGCCUCACGAAAAAAGCCUUACGGAUAUAUUUACACUUCAAAUGGGGUGUCUCUCCACGAAUAUGCAGUAUCUCUGUUGAAAGGUCGCAAGCAUCCUUCCAAAGAGAAUGAUGAUCUAUGCAGCAUAUGUGCUGAUGGUGGGAAUCUGUUGCUUUGUGAUGGAUGUCCAAGGGCCUUCCAUAUAGAAUGUGCAUCACUAUCAAGCAUUCCUCAUGGUAUAUGGUACUGCCAGUAUUGCCAGAAUAUGUUCCAAAGAGAAAAGUUUGUGGAGCAUAAUGCUAAUGCUGUAGCAGCUGGACGGGUUUCAGGAAUUGAUCCUAUUGAAGAAAUAACGAAACGUUGUAUUAGAAUUGUCAAAAAUCCCGAAGAUGCUGAGGUCAUUGCAUGUGUUUUGUGCAGAGGUUCUGAUUUUACCAAAUCUGGAUUUGGCCCACAGACUGUUAUAGUUUGUGAUCAGUGUGAGAAAGAAUAUCAUGUCGGCUGCUUGAAGGAACAUAAAAUGGCCGAUCUAAAGAAAUUGCCAAAGGGAAAGUGGUUCUGUUGCAUGGGUUGUAGGAUGACCUAUUCUGCUUUACAAAAUUUACUAACUUGUGGAGAAGAGAAGAUCCAAGAUUCUCUGUUGGAUGUCAUAAAGAAGAAGCAUGAGGACAAAGUUCCACAUAUGGUUUCUGACUUUGAUGUGAGAUGGAGGGUACUCAAUGGCAAAAUAGCUUCUCGGGAAACUAGAAUGUUGCUCUCAAAAGCAGUUGCCAUCUUCCAUGAAUGCUUUGACCCUAUUGUCGAUUCAGGAACUGGACGUGACUUAAUUCCAUCUAUGGUUUAUGGAAGGAGCUCAAGGGGCCAAGACUUUGGAGGAAUGUACUGUGCAGUAUUAAUGGUGAACUCAUCCAUUGUAUCAGCCGGAAUCUUCAGGCUUUUUGGACAAGAAAUUGCAGAGCUUCCUUUGGUUGCAACAAGUAAUGAUAACCAAGGCAAGGGCUACUUCCAGAUAUUGUUUUCCUGUAUCGAGAAACUGCUUGCAAGCUUCAAUGUGAAGAACUUGGUGCUCCCUGCAGCUGAUCAAGCUGUGUCUAUAUGGACGGACAAAUUUGGUUUUGAGAGGAUACCCCCAGAGCAGCUUAGCAACUACAACAAAACCUAUGGCCAAAUGAUGACCUUCAAAGGAACAUGUAUGCUGCAGAAGGUGAUUCCCCGCUGAUCUAACUAUUCAGCAAGAUAAGUUUAUGUAUCUAGAAAGCCCAGUAGGGUGCAGUGAAGCCAUUUUUGUCAGAGCGAGCUUCAUCUAGUAAUGUAAAUUGGUUGUAAAUCUUGGAGAAACUUUUUUUUAACUAUUGUCAGGUGGUUAACAGAAAAUUGGAGAGGUGAUGGCAAGUAGUCUAGUGGACGAAAUAGAGAGAUCAAAUAUACAAGGAAAGGAAGGAAGCCCUUGACUGCAGGGUUACAGUUUUGUAAAGAUGCUGAUGAGCUUAUGAGCAGUGCAUGCAUUUAAAUUCUUUUUGAA